AUGUUCCUUGAAACAUUCCGUUUGCCCGGUGAGGCAGCCGAAAUUUCAAUGGUUAUGCAGCACUUCGCUGAUCAUUGGUAUAAAGCGAAUGGAGAGCCGUUCAAUCACGUUGACGCAGCGUUUACUCUUGCUUAUGCGGUCAUCAUGCUCAACACUGAUCAACACAAUCCUCAAGUAAGUCUUUUGGAUGCGUCUCUUUGGGUCGUAGUGAUCAAAAAUUUUUACGUUUCUUUUUUUUUCGAAUGA